ACACUGUCAAUCAUUACUGACUGGAGAACAGCUCUUCUCAGGGAGAGUGAGACCGAGACUCCAGAGCUUCACCACCUGCUCGGAUCAGCAGCUCCAACAUGGCCAACUGUUCAGGAUGUGGACCAGGAUACCGCAGCCCGCUGGAGGCCAUGAAGGGUCCCCGGGAGCAGAUUGUCUACCUUCCGUGUAUCUACCGGAACACUGAGGUCCUCAAACCAGAUUACCUGGCAACCGUCGACGUGGACCCGCAGUCUGCUGCCUACUGUCAGGUGAUCCACCGGCUGCCGAUGCCGAACCUCCGGGACGAGCUGCAUCACUCCGGGUGGAACGCCUGCAGCAGCUGCUUCGGAGACGCCUCCAAGAGCCGAAACCGUCUGAUUCUGCCGUCGCUCGUCUCCUCCAGGAUCUACGUGGUCGACGUCGGGACGAAUCCCAGAGCGCCUCAGCUGCACAAGAUGGUCGAACCCGUGGAUCUGUUCUGGAAAUGCAACCUGGCGAAUCCUCACACGUCUCAUUGUCUGGGUAACGGUCAGAUCAUGAUAAGCUGCAUGGGAGAUCCGUCCGGUAACGGCAAAGGUGGAUUUGUUCUGCUGGAUGGUGACACGUUUGAGGUGGUUGGGAAUUGGGAGCAUCCGAAUGAAGCAGCGCCCUUUGGGUACGACUUCUGGUACCAACCUCGACACAACGUCAUGAUCAGCACUGAAUGGGGUGCGCCUAAAGCUUUGGAAGGUGGUUUUAAUCCGACCCACGUCCAGGAAGGUCACUACGGCAGCUCCAUCCAUGUUUGGGACUGGACGACCCACAGAAAGCUGCAGACGCUCAAUCUGGGGGAAGAGGGCGCUAUUCCUCUCGAGGUCCGAUUCCUCCACGACCCCGACGCCACCGAGGGCUACGUGGGCUGUGCUCUGCAAUCAAACGUCUUCAGAUUCUACAAAACUCCGGAAGGUCAAUGGGCUGCUGAGAAAGUGAUCAAUGUUCCCAACAAGAAGGUGGAGGGAUGGAAACUGCCAGAGAUGCCUGGUCUGAUCACAGACAUCCUGAUCUCAUUGGACGACCGCUUCCUCUACUUCAGUAAUUGGCUGCACGGUGACAUCAGACAGUAUGACAUUACAGACAGGAAGAACCCCAGAUUGGUCGGCCAGGUGUUUCUAGGAGGAAGCAUUGUCAGUGACGGACCAGUCAGGGUCCUGGAGGACCCUGAAAACCAGCCGCAGCCCCGCCCACGCAUCAUCCAGGGGAGGCGUGUCUCUGGAGGUCCUCAGAUGUUACAGUUGAGUUUGGACGGUCGCAGACUUUACGUGACGACGUCUCUGUUCAGCAGCUGGGACAAACAGUUCUACCCUGACCUCAUCAAAGACGGCUCGGUGAUGAUGCAGAUCGAUGUGAACUCUAUCAGUGGAGGUUUGACCCUAAACGAGAACUUCCUAGUGGAUUUUGGUAAAGAACCCGGCGGUCCGGUUCUCGCCCAUGAGCUGAGGUAUCCAGGAGGAGACUGCACGUCCGACAUCUGGGUGUGAGACGAUCACAUCCGUGUGACGGCUGGCUCUUAGUGUUCGCUGAAUAGUACGAACAUGUCGAUCAAGAGUAUCUCCUGCAGCGCCUCCUGCUGCUCACACUGUAAACUCAUUGUGCUUAAAUAAAGUUCAGUGUCUCA